CCGCCCCUCGCCAAGAGACAAGUCUUUUGCUCCGUGUACUGCGUGGAGAGCGACCUGCCCGAGGCCCCCGCCUCGGAGCAGCUCUCGCCGCCCGCGUCGCCACCUGGGGCUCCGCCAGUGCUGAACCCUCCCAGCACCCGCUCUUCCUUCCCCAGCCCCCGACUGUCCCUCCCAACGGAUUCCCUCUCCCCCGACGGCGGCAGCAUCGAGCUGGAGUUCUACCUGGCGCCCGAGCCGUUCUCCAUGCCCAGCCUGUUGGGAGCUCCACCCUACUCUGGCCUGGGCGGUGUAGGGGAUCCCUAUGCGCCCCUCAUGGUGCUGAUGUGCCGGGUGUGCCUGGAAGACAAGCCCAUCAAGCCCCUGCCUUGCUGCAAGAAGGCCGUGUGCGAGGAGUGCCUCAAAGUCUACCUGAGCGCCCAGAUGGAGUCUUACUCUGUCACCAGGGUGGAGCGCGGUGGCAUGAUCUCGGCUCACUGAAACCUCCACCUCCCAGGCUCAAGCGAUUCUCCUACCUCA